UAAAAUCAUGAGCUACUGCGUGCAAGGACUACUCUAUCGAAUUUCAAUUUACGUCAUUCUCUUUCACAUUUUGUUAAAAAGAGUUGUCUGCGAAGAUUGCAUUUUACGAAGUAUUUACCAAGAUAAUAAAGGUGUUAAAUGGACUUUUGAAGAGUGCUUACAGUAUUCAGAAAAAUUCAACACACCACCAGCUUAUGAAACUACGGUGUAUCAUCCUUUAGUUCAACUUUCGGAUGAUAAUUUCUGCAAUAGAAACAAAACAUAUACGUUUCCCAAAGACUCCAUAUUAAUUAUUGGAGGAGGUAAUUGCACAUAUACAGAUAAAGCUAUAUUAGCGAAAAAAAAUGGAGCAUCCGCCAUUGUUAUUGUUGAUUCUAUUAUAUCAUUUUCGAGAAAUAUAACUGGAGAUGGAAGGAGGGCUUAUAUAACCGUGGCUGUGGGCAAUUCGAAAAUAAAUGAAAGCUUACAAGCAAUCGGGACGAAUAUAACUGCCAAAUUAUAUCUUAAGCCUCAUAGACUUUCCUUAGAUCCUGCAACAUUUCUCCUAGCCAUGCUUGCUGUUUUCAUUUUAGCUGCCUCUAGUGUUUGGUCAGCAUCUUUAAAAUUUCAACUAUAUAAAGCAGACAAAUUGACUGCUACUAGCAGUGAGACCAAUGAUGAUAGAAACGCAGACUGCCAAAAAAGGGUGCGCUACAAGAGUUGGCAUUAUGAAAGUUCUGGAGAUCAAAUAAACAUAACCAUGGUUUUGGGUUAUGUUCUUUGUCUAGUCAUAACUUUACUACUGCUCUACUUCUUCAUACGUUAUCUAGUUUAUCUGGUGAUUGCCUUUUACGCUCUCGGUGUAACGUGUUCCUUGUACUAUGUAACAACCUAUCUUGUACAAAAGUUCAAGUUCAACACUGAUAAAUAUGAAUUCAACAUAAAAUGCAGAUCUCGCAGUAAAAAUGUUAACAUUGUUGACAUAAUCAUUUUAAUAUUGUGUAUUGGUGUUUCCAUCUUUUGGGUUGUAUUCAGAAAUGAGAGAUGGAUGGCGUGGCCAAUGAACGUUCUCAGUGCCAUUCUCUGUAUGGUUUUUCUCAGGACAUUUCAUUUACCAAACUUCAAGUCUGGUGAAAGCGUAAUGAGUAGCGUUGCUACAGCAAGCGGAAGCGGAGAAAGGAUGCCGUUUGUUUUCUCUAUGUAUCGAAUAGUCAGAACACCCUACGAUGUUUGCAAAAAGAGAGGGUAUACAAUACUCGGAUUUGGGGAUGUUUUAAUUCCAGCUUAUACAGUUGGCUUGGUUUUAUGCGAUGUCGCGUUAUAUUUUAUGGAAAAGGGUCAACCUGCUCUCUUAUAUAUUUGCCCAGUUCUUAUAUUUGUUAACCUUGGAUUAGCUUCAGUAAGAAGUGAAUUAAAAGAAUUUUGGAGUUUUACUAUGAAACCAUCACAAGUUGCUGCCACUCACAAAAACAAUGAAGUCGUCCAAUCCACAACAAAUAACAUUAACAAUCUAAACGAAGAUGAGAGGAUGGCUUUAGUCAAGAAUGAAGAUGAUAAUGGAGCAUUGUCACCUACCUCUCCCGUUAGGAAUUAA